UUUAAUAAACUCAUGGUUAUCUAGUGUAACAAAUGUCUCGCUGCCAUCAUCAAGUCCAGGCGAGGAGGGAGGAGUUUUUAAUGUUCAGUUUGUUCUAUGGAUCGAUGUCUGCUGGCAUCGCCUCUCCCCCUCUCCUGCACCGUGCGUAAUAUACUGUACCAUUACCAAACGCCUUUUUACGCGCUUUCCCCUUCUCCACAUAUUGUCCGCCGAAAAACUGCCCGCAGGACUGACUGACUGACUGACACACGUCGAUCAACAUAUGAGGCACUGAUGGACACAAACGGAUGGUGAAAGGAGACGAUUCGCUCCCCGUAGGAGGAGGAAGAAGAAGAAAAAGAAGAAGAAGAGGAAGAAGGGGGGAGAGAGACUGAACUACUCCGAGAGCCACAAUAAAGCCUCUCACACACACUCUCUCUCUCUCUCUAUGCAUGGACUAUCGUAGCCCGCAUUCAGAUUUCACCUGGGCACUGUAGUGAACUGCGACUCCAAAAAUGCCACGGAGGAAACAGCAGGCGCCCAAGCGGGCUUCGGUGUACAUGCCUGAUGAAGACCCUGCACUUCAGGACUCCAUCCCCGAGGAAGAUGCAGAGAACGACACUCAAACCGAAGAGGAGUGCUCAGAGAAGACCAGCCCCAAAGUGUCCGAGGACAGAGAGCUAGACAACAAGAGCACCAACACUUACAGCAACCAGAACUCUCCCAUUAGUGUCCUUUCCAAUCAAGAGGCAGAGUUAGAGUCCCGCCUUAGCGACACCAGCGACAGACUCUCAGACUUCAAAACCUCCUCGCCACCUGAGAGCCAGAAGGAUGAGGAGAGUCGGAGCUCCAAACACAAAGAGGAGACGGGCGGCAGCUUGGAGAAAAUGAGGGCAGCCUAUGCAAACUUCCUCUCCGAUUCCUACUGGACGGGGAUAGGAAUGGACUUGAAAAUGGGCCGAAAAACCAGCAAAGCCAACUGUGACAGCACCAAUGGGACCGCCAAGACUGAGUUCGACUGGCACCAGGACGCUCUCUCUAAGACCUUGCAGCAGACGCUCUCCCCGAAGCCCACGUCCAAACCUAACCUCUUCAGCUCUGUCCACCUGUACAGACAAACCACCAAACCCUGCGGCUCAGUCUUCACGGGGGCCAGCCGAUUCCGCUGUAAGGAUUGUAGCGCCGCUUACGACACGCUUGUGGAGCUGACAGUCCACAUGAACAAGAGCGGGCAUUAUCAGGACAACAACCACGGCAAGCAGAGCAACUCCACCGCUUCGUCCUCCAAGUCGAGGAAACGAAACCUGCACGAUAUGGAAGGGAAAGAGGAUGCACAGAAGGUUUUGAAGUGCAUGUUCUGUGGCCACUCUUUUGACUCUCUCCAGGAUUUGAGUGUCCAUAUGAUUAAAACUAAGCAUUACCAAAAAGUGCCUUUAAAAGAGCCAAUCCCAGUACUCACUCCCAAAUUGUUGCCACCAGCCAAGAAGCGGGCCUUUGAAACGGUGAGACCCUGCUCCCCCGAUUCUACGACCGGCUUAUCCGGCUACACCGAGGCCCAACGGGCGGCCUCCAUUGCGAACGCUAACAACAAUCGCUACGGCUAUCAGAACGGAGCGAGUUACACUUGGCAGUUUGAGACGUGCAAGUCUCAGAUUCUUAAAUGCAUGGAGUGCGGCAGCUCCCACGACACCCUUCAGCAGCUCACCACACACAUGAUGGUUACUGGACACUUCAUCAAAGUAACAAACUCGGCCUCUAAAAAGGGUAAACAGUUAGCGCUUGACCCCCUGGCUAUAGAGAAGAUGCAGGUUUUAGCUGAUCCCGCUGCCAGUGACACUGAGGGAGAAAAGGUCUCUCCAAAAACUGCGUCCCCGGGGAGCAGCGAGAAGGAUAGCCAGGGGGAAGGCACAUCAGACAAAAUGGAAGAAACUGAAACUAAAGAUGACAAGCAAGAGAGUGAGGAUCAAAAGGCAGCCAAUGGGGCCUUUAAGUACCCUUAUCUCCGUGAGGAGGAUCUUGAACAGGACUCAGGAGGAGGAGGGGACAUUCUUAAAUCUUUAGCCAACACAGUGGCCUCUGCCAUCAAUAAAGCUCAAACAGGGACACCAAGUUGGAGUGCCUACCCGAGCAUUCACGCUGCCUAUCAGCUCUCUGGCAUCAUCAAAAGCUCCCCUCUUUCUGCAUCUCCCCCCGCUCUGCUAAAGCAGACAUUUAACCACAAGCUGAGACCGAUUGCCCCUAAGGGGAAGUUAUACCCUGGUGCUGUGGGAGUCGAGGCUCCCCAGGGACAGCAUCAAAAUGUGGACAAAAAAGAAAAGGUUGGCAUUAGCGAUGGUAAAGAAAGUCAGAAUAUUAAGUUUGAUCUGCCGGAGAAUGAUGACAGCGAUUGUCAGGAUGAUUCCUCUUCCUCUUCAAAGCUCGAUGCAGACUGUCUGAAUGAAGGGAGUGAGACGAUCAAAGGGAAGUUGAGCCCAGAUUUCUCUGACAGAGGCAAGACACCGAGUCCCUCUGCCAGCAAUGGACGCAGCGCUACUUCAGAGCCUCUCGGUGACACUCCGGCUCUGCUCAGCAUAAACCCUCUCAGUGCGCUGCAGUCUGUUCUGAACAAUCAUCUGGGCAAAGCAAAUAAGCCCAAUAACUCAAGAGUGGAUAAACUAUCCGCUCACACCAAGUCUAUUUACUCUGACAUUAACCGGAGCAGCGAGAAACCAGCUUUAAUGCUCGGGAACGCCAUGAGAAACAGGUCCGGUAACGCCUUUCUUUAUGCCACUGAUGACCAACCCAUAGAUCUAACGAAAUCCAAACACAGCAAGCAAGCCUCCUCACUUCUGUCGCCUUCAACCCCGAUACCGCAGAAAUACGCUCUGUCCGACAUCGCAGAUAUGGUCAAAGUUCUCCCAAAAGCCACGACGCCAAAACCCUCCCUACCAUCGAGGAUCCCGACCAUGAAACUGGAAUCUGAUGUCAGGCGGUUCGAGGACGUCUCCGCUGAGGUGUACUCCGUCCACAAGCGCAAAGGCCGACAGUCCAACUGGAAUCCUCGCCAUCUUCUCAUCCUGCAGGCUCAGUUCGCCUCCAGCCUCUUCCUGACCUCUGAGGGGAAGUACUUACUCUCAGACCUCGGCCCUCAGGAACGGAUGCACAUCUCCAAGUUCACCGGACUGUCCAUGACCACCAUAAGCCAUUGGUUAGCGAACGUGAAGUACCAACUGAGGAAAACUGGAGGGACCAAAUUCCUGAAGAACAUGGACACAGGCCACCCGAUCUUCUACUGCAAUGACUGCGCUUCUCAGUUCAGGUCCCCCGGCGGAUUCAUUUCCCAUCUGGAGUCCCAUCUCGGGUUUCAAAUUAAAGACAUGUGCAAAAUGCCCGUAGAGCACCAGACGAAGGUAGAGGAGCCAGAACUGUCCAAGGCCCUCAGUGUCAGAGCCUCAGAGGGUCUAGUCACAGAGGAGGACGUUGACUCAAAGUUCAAAUGUAAGCUCUGCUGUCGGACAUUUGCGAGCAAUCACGCAGUCAAACUCCAUUUGAGUAAAACUCACAGCAAAUCUCCAGACAACCAUUCACAAUACGUGGAAAUGGACAAGGACUAGUUUUUUCAUAUUAAUGUCACUUUUUUCCCUUUUUUAUUUUAAUACACGGGUCAGAUAUUUCAGCCAUUUUUCAAUUAGCAUUGUGUAGUGUGCAUCAUUUCAACAUUUCAUGGAGUUCAGCAAAGACACACUGGUUAGAUAAAUUGUAUAAGGAAACACUAAGAGAUACUUUUGCACCCUGCUCAAUUGCAUCACCAGUAAUGAAAUGUAUUACUGCUUGAAGAAACAUAAAUGCUGAUGUUUGCAUGCAAUAGCCCCGGCUAUGACUACUAUUUAUUUGUAUGAUAUGUCAAGUUUCAAUUGUAUUUCAAAGACAAAAUAAUAAACUAAUUGUACUUUACAACCUCUGUGAUACAGUACAUCCUGCAGAAACGUGCAGCUGUUUUAACAGGUAGCCCAACACACGAUAACACACAUGCAGACCUGUACAGUGUAUUGCUAUGUAAAGAUGUUUUGUGUUGCAAUGAUAGAAGAAAGAAAAAAAAAGCACUUUAAUAAAUGUUUAAUCACCAGUUUAGAGUUGGAUUCUGUACAUGACUCAAACAUAAUUAGGAUAUUUCACAUGUAAAUAUAUUUUAGAAGAAAAAAAAAAACAACAACCUGAGCAUUUCAUGCAACGAGGACAACAGCAAGACAGACGAUACCUGUGAUACCUGCACCUUUUUUUACUUAUUCAAAUAAAGAGUUAACAUUUGAUAA